AUGUCCAAAUCAAGCGUACCCAGUGUCAACGACCUGCCGUCGGCGGAAGAGCUCAAGCAAGAUGCUGUCGUCGCGACGAAACAGACAUUCGCAAGUUUGCGAUCGCUCGUGUCGGGCGGUGUUGGUGGUGUGAGCGCGGUUGUUGUGGGACACCCCUUCGAUCUGGUCAAGGUGCGCUUGCAGACUGCUCAAGCCGGUGUCUACAGCGGCGCAAUGGAUGUCCCGCACCACGGCUGCCUCAACAACUCACACUGUCUAGNNGGUCUGUACGCUGGUGUUUCGGCUCCUCUGGUUGGAGUGACUCCAAUGUCGACUGACAGAAGCCAGGGAUACGAUUUGGGCAAAAAGCUUGUCAGAUCAUUCAGCACAGUACACAACGAUCAGUUCACGGUUGGCCAAGUAUGCGCCGCAGGUGCCUUCUCCGCCGUUCCCACAACCGCCAUCGCCGCCCCCUUCGAGCGUGUCAAGGUGCUGCUGCAGAUCCAGGGUCAAAAGACAUUGGCUCCUGGCGAGAAGCCAAAGUACGCAGGAGGUGUGGAUGUUGUGCGUCAACUUUACAGGGAAGGUGGUAUCAGGUCCGUCUUCAGAGGCAGCGCCAUGACACUUGCCAGAGAUGCUCCGGGAUCAGCAGCAUACUUUGCAGCCUACGAGACCGUCAAGCGCUCGCUCACACCCAAGAACGCAGACGGCACACCCGGCGAGCUCAGUCUUCUUGCCGUCAUGGCUGCAGGUGGUGCCGCCGGUAUCGCCAUGUGGAUUCCCGUCUUCCCCGUCGACACCGUCAAGAGUCGUCUGCAGUCGGCAGAAGGCAACCCCACCAUCGGAGGCACCGUCAAGGAGCUCUACAGAAGAGGAGGUUACAAGGCAUUUUUCCCUGGUAUCGGUCCCGCAAUGGCUCGUGCUGUCCCCGCCAACGCUGCCACUUUCCUCGGAGUCGAGUUGGCUCAGCAGGCCAUGUCCAAGAUGUUUGACUAG